AUGGCUUCAAAGACCAAUGUUGCGUUGAUUCCCUGGGAUGCCAAGUCUGAAGCUCACAGAAGAUGGCUCUAUAAGCAAAGAGUGCUAUGUAAUUGGGAUUGGGAAAAGGUUGAGGGAGAAUGGAAAGAGAAACAAAUCAAAGGGGGAAAAUGCAUGUAUUGGAUUGUCCGUCAAUUCAAUGAUUCUGAAGGCACAGACUCUCAUAGUGACGACUGUGAAGAAGUGCUUCAUGAUACAGCGGAUUCUAUCAAUGGAGUCCCACGGAAACCCUCACAAGAAAUCUUUGUCCCAAUUGGCCAUAUCUCCCUGGACUCCAAGAACAAGGAUGCUGAAAUGGUCGGCCUUGAAAUCCCAUCGGAAGGCGUCUUCUGGAUCAAGAGCUUUUUCAUCUUGCAGUCAAUGCAGGGCCAGGGCACUGGACGAGCUGCAAUGGACGCAGUAGAGGAUAUGGCGUCUCGAGAACCGCUCUGCGCCCAGUCCCUCAUGCUGGACACGGUCACAAGCAAACACCAGAUGAGAGAAGAUUUUGCAAUGUCCACAUAUGGUGCCGUCCCAAAGAUCGCGAAUCAGGAUUGGUAUGGCCGCCGGGGAUACAUACCGAUCAAGACUGUACCGAACUAUUACGACGUGUGGGAUGCAAAUGGAGACCGGUGGGAUAUAGAGAUUGUUUUUAUGCGAAAGAAAGUUUAA